GCCACCCGAGCCGAACAUUCUCCCACCCCGUCUCUCCUCUUCCUCUUUUUCCCGCCCCUGGGUCCCUCUGCUCGCCCAUCCAUGAAGCCGUCCACUGGGAUCCAACAAGGACGCCCUGGGACUUAUCAGCAGCGAUGAGGAAACUUGUCCUCACUCUGCCAGUGGAUUCCACAUAAAGUCAUCCUGGAUAUAUUUAUUCAUUGUUUACUUUACAAAUGACCACCUAAACGGGGAGGACCUUGUUAACUGACCCACAAUGCUUUUCAAGUUAGGACUAUUCUUCUUCAUGUUGUGUCUACUCGGCCUCCAAGCAAGUCAAGUCAAAGACCUUCAAGACCACGGGAUUUCUGGACUCAGGGAUGUGAAGUACCGCCACUUUCUAGAAGCUUCUCGAAUAACAAAAUACAACAAUAAUAACCACAGAGCCAGCAAGGAUGGACAUCGGACGAAGAGGGCGACCAUUCUCACCACCGGGGUCAAAGUGUGCCCACAGGAGACCAUGAAAGCGGUCAUUGGCAGCCAUCGAGCGUACUACAAACUCAGAGUUUGCCAAGAAGCAAUUUGGGAGGCCUUUCGCAUCUUCCUGGACAGGGUACCAAACACAGAGGAGUACGGAUCGUGGGUUUACACCUGCCAGCAUGAAAACCUCUGCAUGGACGACCUGGCUCAGAACUUCAGUAGCUCCCAGGAGCAUCUGGACAUGGUGGCCCAAAGAGUGGCCGAGCAGGCUGAACUGGAAGGGGUUGUAACCGAAACACCAGACCCAGAAGUCGAAUGCACCUGGACCCCCCCGGUGAUUCUCAUUCCAGCAGAAGAUGAUGUGAUAAAAGAAGAGCCGAACAUGAUUAAAGAAAACUAUGGGGAGUUCGUUGUGGAGUUCAACGCCACCAUGGUAGACGACUCUUACAUCGAGCUGUUGCAAGACCCCCAGGCUGCAGAGGUCAAUGACAUUACCAGAGAAAUAACAGACAAGAUGCUUCAUGCUCUAAAAAAGGUUCCAGGCUUUAAAGACAUUCGCAUGUUGGGAUUUGGCUCGGAGGGUGCAACUCUGCAUUAUGCUGUGGUCUUUGAUGGAGACACUGAACUCAGUGAUGACCCAGGGGCUCCAGGCAUGUUGACCAAUGAGGAUGCUGCUAGAUUAAGGGACAUAAUUGUCAAAGCUUUGCAAAAGGAGCCAUCGCUUCCAUUGGACACCCAGAAUCUUAGGUUUGAGGCUGUAACUACAGCUUACCCAGAUGCAGAGUUUAGCGUGUAUACAGUUGGAAGCGGAGAGGUGAAGACGGAAAACAAAUUUGAAAGCACCACGAUCCAACCUCGAACAGAAACCUCUGUGCCUUCAAUACCUACGGCACUGUCAGAGUCUAUUGCGGUUGCUGAUGAAGUGCCAGUGGCAGCAGCAGUGGAAGAGGCAUCCACAGGUGACGCUUCAGGGGAGACAAAUGAUGUCAUCACUCCAGCUGCAAUACAGGCAGCCAUCAUAGAGCAGGAACAGGAAGAAGAGGUUGAGGAGACUGAAGUUCCAAGUGGAGAGCAUGAAAGAGCAGACUUGGGUGAGAAUGAAGACUUGACCGUGUCACCAGCAGACGACCAACAUGAAAUUGUGAUCAUUGAUGAAGCUAACCUUCCGGAGUACACCACCCCUGCAGUAGUCGAGAUCUUUAGCACCGAAGCAGAAAUUCCAGUCACCACAUUGUCUUCUCAUGAGGAUACGUUUCUAGACUUUGAGUCAGAACCUAACACAGAGUCUAUGCCGUCACCUGCAGAAGCCUCCAUCAAAGAACCCAGUGAAGUUUCUGGUGGAAUCCCGGGUGAAACAAAUACCCAGCCUUCGAGCAAAAUCCCUGGCGAAGCCCGCAGCGAAGUUCCUAGUGAUAUCUCUGGCAAUGUCUACAAUGAGUCCCCAAGUGAAAUCCCCAGCGAGGGCACCAGUGAGGUUUCCAGUGAAACCUCUGGCAAAGUUCUCAGUGAAGAAUUCAGUGAAACUCACAAUGACCCCUUCAGCGAGGCUCCCACUACAGUGCCCAUUGAAGUCCCAAGUGAGGCAGCCAUUCAAGUCUCCAGUGAGGCCUUGAGUGAAGUCUCCACUGAAACCCUUGGUGAAGUCUUCAGUGAAGGACCCAGUGAAACCUACAGUGAAGUCCAGAGCGAGCGUUCUCUUGAAGUCUUCAGUGAGCCCACUGUUAAAGAUUCCAGCGAUGUCACCACUGAAGCUCUCACGAAGUCUCCCAGAGAAAUUUCCAAUGAAAUCCCUGACAACGUCUCUAGUGAAGUCCCCAGCGAAGUCCCCAGUGAAGCCACCAAUAAUGUUCCCAAUGAACUCCAUAGCGAAGUCCCUAGUGAAGCUCCCAUCGAAGCCCACAGUCAGGUCCUAACCGAGGCCCCCAGCAAAGACCCCAACCCAGUCCAAAAGGAAGGAAAUGGAGAUAUCAGCGGAGGACGCAACAACGUCACCCCAGUCUUGGCGGAACUUACUCCUGAGACUUCUAACAACAUACAAGAUGAUGUGGAGCCCAGACAGGGUGGAACGGAAGUGACUGAGGCCCUGGAGGAGAGCAGCAUUUUUCAAUACCCUUCAGAAUCGGACGGGCGGUCUACAGCCGCACCGGCCAUGCGACAAGCCAGCACUCCUGUGAUGGCUGCGGUGCAGCAGAGCAGAGAGUUGGUAGUUUUCUUUAGCUUGAGGGUGACCAACAUGAUGUUUUCUGAUGACCUGUUCAACAAGAGCUCCCCAGAGUAUAGAUCACUGGAGAAUACCUUUCUCGAGCUGACUCAGCACUCUGGGCCCAGAAACUGGCCAAAUCCUGGAGCAUCCAGCAAAUCUGGGCCUAAGAGACAGACAACUUUAGCCUCCAUACCGCUCCUGCCUUACCUAGAGUCCAAUCUGACCGGCUUCAAGCAGCUGGAGAUCCUCAACUUCCGGAACGGCAGCGUGGUGGUGAACAGCAGGAUGAAGCUGGAGAAGGAGGUGCCGUACAACGUGACCGAGGCGGUGCACUGCGUGCUGGAAGACUUCUGCAGCGCCGCGUCCAAACGGCUGGACAUCGAGAUCGAUAGCCGCUCCUUGGAGAUAGAAGCCGACCAAGGGGACCCGUGCAAGUUCCUGGCCUGUAAUGAGUUUUCACGCUGUGUGGAGAACAGUUGGAGCGGCGAGGCCCAGUGCCUGUGCGAGCCGGGCUACAGCGCCGAGGACGGCCUUCCGUGUCAGAGCUCAUGCGACCUGCAGCCCAACUACUGCCUCAAUGGAGGCCUGUGCGAAAUCAUUCCUGGACAUGGAGCCGCGUGCAGAUGUCCCGUAGGGAAGUACUGGCACUACCACGGCGAGCGCUGCAGCGAGCUGGUGUCCAUGCCUCUCGACCCCUCGCUCGUCAUAACCUGCCUGGUGGGGAGCCUCUGCUUGGUUUGCGCCAUCGUGGGCAUUCUGGUCUUCGUCAACAAAAAGUGCACGGCGACCAGAAAGGCGGUGACUUUGGUGCACGGCCUGGCACCCUCUGCCUUUGACAAUACUUUGAGGGUGAACCCCCUGUAUGAGAGUGAUGAUGGCUUCUUAAGUCAAGUGUCCACGUUGCCAUGUCCCUCCAGUUCCACCUCGUCACAGUCUGAGCGGGAACUUUACGCCUCAGUCGAAAACAUACAUCUCAGUAUCGAGAUCCCCAGACAACUCUACACCACCAGAUCCGAAAAGUUAAUGUCGGAGCUGGUGGACUUCCAUCAAUGCAUCCCGCACAAUGAGACGUGGCGACUGCCCAAUGAAUACCGAGCGUGUUUUCUUCUGUGGACGUCAGACGGCGAAGGCGGCGAAGCCACCGUGGUGUGAUGCCAUCUGAUGCCACGCCCCCUAACAUCCUCCCCAUGUAGAGAGCAGUUAGGUGGUGAAUUGCUCAUAGUGAAGAAUGUCUUGUUAGACAAGACAACUCCACUACGGCUGCUCCAAUACGAUGUUUUCAUGUGUCAAUCAAAUAUUUAUUACACAUAAUGAACGCUAGGAACACUUCCUGUACGCUACACUCUUUCCUCACAAUGAGGUAUUUAUCAUUCACACAUGCUGGUAUCUCACUUUAGACACUCUUGUUAUGCCCAAAAGAGGAUGAAUGUAUUCACUGAUGAUGUAUUUAGGUUGUUCCAAAACAGUGUGAUUCAUUUUUUUUGUACACACAUUUUACAAUUAAAGUAACCAAUGAAAUGUU